CCCAAUCCGGGAAAACAAAACACAACACAAGCAACCGGGGAGUGGAAGUCAUCAUUCGCACAACCCUGCCGCCCGCUCCGGUGCCCUGCUGCCGAGGUCCCGGAUCCGCGGCUUUUGAGAUAUGGGGAAGAGAUGCGGUCGGACCGGGGGGCUCUCUCAGCGGCGGGUCCCUUGAAGUGCGACUCCGUUUUCGAGCUUGAUUUUGCCUAUCUGUCCAUCUCCGCCGCUGCUGGAGAACUACAGGCAUCUCUGCUUCCAUUGCCAGCCAAGAUGCCCCUGCGGUAACUGAGCAAGAUUCCUUUCAGCGCACGGGCAGCGCGAUGGUCCCCCUGUGCUGGUGCUGCCCGACGGCACCCGCCCCAGCCAUGAGCCGCAUGGCCACACCUUCCUACCACUUCAAGAGUUUCUGCGGCGACUUUGAGCGGGUGGAGAGCGCCCUGGAGCGCCUGGAGGCCAGCGGCUUCUACUGGGGCAGCCUGUCGGGGACAGAAGCGAAGCGGGUUCUGACCUCCCAGCUGCCCGGAGUCUUCCUGGUGCGCGACUCCUCUGACCACCACCACCUGUUCACCCUCAGUGUCCGCACGAACACAGGCAUCACCAACCUGCGCAUCCAGCAGCAGGGCUCGGCUUUCCACCUGGAGGCCCUGCCGGGCGCGGGCCACCCCCCAGCGUUUAGGUGCGUGGUCCAGUUGGUGGAGCAUUAUCUGCGCCUGGGGGCGGUGGAAGGGGGUCCCUGCUACCUGGAGAAGGAGGGACAGCCCCCGGUGCCCUUGGCCCUCACGCACCCGCUCUGCUGCAAGGUGCCCACUUUGCAAGAGCUGUGCCGGCGGGCGGUGCGAGCCAGCGUGCAGGGCACGGGGGACACCAGGGCUCAGUUGCAGGACCUUCCCGUGCCCCGGGGACUGCUGAACUCUCUGUGCAGCUAAGAGGGAGGAGGAUGUUGCCCCCUCUAAGCGCCUGCAACGCCGGCAGGGUCUUUCCUUUCAAACAUUCCGUGUACAGUACGCGGCUGCAAGCAAGCAAGCAGGGUUGUGCCGGGGGUGCCUGUUCAUUAUUAUCUUCAUGGAAUAAACGGACUGGCGUAGG